AUGUCUGAGCGCGAUCCCUCAACAACCUUCCGAGCCGGACCUCCUUCACCCUCUUCACCCGCUGCCGGGCUUCUCAAAGAGAACCGCCAGCUCCUCAUCUCUUCGGAUCACAUCCCCCAGACCCCGGUAUCACCUCCGUUGAUGUCGGUCAGCGAUUCAAACCAUGUCUCCAACUUUACAUCCUCCCAAACAUCACCGAAUCAGGCGCCCUCUCAACCUCCAAACACCUCAUCUCCUCCUUCAUCCGCGCCGAUGUCAACCCAAGUUUCCCAGCAACCGACUAUGAGCACUACAAACUCAUUCCCCACCCCUGCGAGUAGUGUGAGUGGGCAACAUGUGAAUGCGACAUCUGGGGAGGACGCAGAUCACAAAUCCUUCAACUCCAUAGCGCAGGACUCAGCACGGACCGCGGAAACCUCAGAUCAACAAAAAACAGAAUACAGACGAACAGAUCACCAACGGCAACCUUCAAUGACAGGCACAGGAGCAAGUGUGAGGGACUUUGCCAAGGAACAACCCGACGGAGAUGCUAUGGACGUGGAUAACGAACCUGUGGUACGGAGCGAGGCCCAGAACCUCGGCUUGGAUUCCCUUCAGAACGAUUUCACUUCGGCUUUCCAUCUCUGCAAGAGCUUGCCUACUGUGACUGGACCCGAUCCAUCCUUGGAUCUCGUUUCCCUCUAUGGGCUCGGCUCGGUCGCGCAAUCGGUAGCACGGAUAGACCCCAACACGGGCGAGAAAAUCAAUCGGUUAAGAAAAUCCUAUGAAGGAAAGUUGAAAGGACUGGGACUGGCCGGACGAAACAAACCAGUCAAGCAUGAUGUUGCAGGAGCACCUGGCACUCUCAGACAUCUCACAAUGUGGCCGGAGGAAGAGUGGCAAAAUCAAAAGGUCUUUGGAAAGCAGAUCAAGGUCUCGGACAUUGAUAGCGCUCUGCAGGGUAUCCAGUCCCGGGCAAUGCAGCUGGAGCCAGGGAUGGUACCAAACAAUGAUUUCUGGGAGGAUAUACUGGGCCAUGAAAAGCCUGCCAAAAGCCAGGGCUCUGCCGACACUGGUAAAAAGAUGGCCGCGCCCACCCCAGGCAGCCGCUCUGCCCUCCCGGCAAACUCGCCCGCAUCGGGAAUGCAGGAUUCCGAGCGGCCCCGGGCCAGUCGUGGUCGAAAGAGACAUUACGAUGACAACAGCUUCGUUGGCUACGGCGAAGGCUACGCGGAUGAUGAUGAUGAUACCGGAUUCUACUCAAAUGGCGAGGGAACCGGAAAGAAGAAACGAAAGAAGGAUCAUGUUUCCAAGGUCUCCACUCCUCUUUCCGAAAGAGGUGGGAGCUACGGCGUGGGCAUGUUCGGAAUCGGUGCAAGAUGA